AUGGCGAUGAAGCGUGUAGCUACUUCUGCAAUUCGUGCUAUUACUUCUUCGGAAGUUUCAUCUCCUUCUUCAAUUCUCACCAGAGAACUCCAUGCAACACCAGGGAGCAAGAAAAUUGUUGGGGUAUUUUACAAGGCAAACGAAUAUGCAUCCAUGAACCCAAAUUUUCUGGGAUGCGUCGAGAAUGCAUUGGGUAUACGUGAUUGGUUGGAAUCACAAGGUCACCAGUACAUAGUUACGUCUGACAAAGAAGGGCCAGAUUGUGAACUUGAGAAACAUAUUCCUGAUCUCCAUGUGCUGAUAACGACCCCCUUCCACCCAGCUUAUGUUACGGCUGAAAGGAUUAAAAAGGCAAAAAACCUGCAACUGUUGCUCACAGCUGGAAUUGGCUCAGAUCAUAUUGAUCUGAAAGCUGCAGCUGAUGCUGGUUUAACUGUGGCAGAAGUCACUGGAAGCAAUGUCGUCUCAGUUGCAGAGGAUGAACUCAUGAGGAUUCUCAUUCUUGUUCGGAAUUUCCUGCCUGGACACCAUCAGGUUAUUACUGGGGAUUGGAAUGUUGCAGCUAUUGCUCACCGAGCUUAUGAUCUUGAAGGCAAGACUGUUGGAACGUUUGGAGCUGGACGUAUUGGCAAACUUUUGCUACAGAGAUUGAAACCUUUUAACUGUAAUCUACUCUACCAUGAUCGCCUUAAAAUGGAUCCAGAGUUGGAGAGUCAAUUAGGAGCUAAGUUUGAGGAAGAUCUUGAUGUAAUGCUUCCCAAAUGUGACAUACUUGUCAUUAACACCCCUCUUACUGAGAAAACAAAAGGGAUGUUUAACAAAGAAAGGAUAGCUAAGCUGAAGAAGGGAGUUCUAAUAGUAAACAAUGCUAGAGGUGCAAUCAUGGACACACAGGCAGUAGCUGAUGCGUGCUCCAGUGGGCACAUUGCAGGUUACAGUGGGGAUGUUUGGAACCCGCAACCAGCUCCAAAGGAUCACCCCUGGCGUUACAUGCCAAACCAAGCUAUGACCCCUCACAUAUCUGGAACAACCAUUGACGCCCAGUUGCGGUAUGCAGCCGGAACCAAGGACAUGCUCGAGAGGUAUUUCAAGGGAGAGGAUUUCCCUCCACAGAACUACAUUGUCAAGGACGGAGAACUAGCCAGCCAGUACCGUUAG